CUGAUCCAAGACUCACGAACGCCGGGCUUUUCUGCGGCGAUUCCCAGGCGCCAAACGGGACGAAUUACGUUCCGAAUUUCACUGAAUUGAUGAAACAGUUGUCAAACCAGAUGAACGACAAUCACUUUGCUUCCUAUCAUCUCAACUCCACGCCUCCGAUGUAUGGAUUGGCUCAGUGCCACGAAGAUUUGGACCAAACCGAUUGCCUCCUUUGUCAUGCCGAGGCAAGGACUCGAAUCCCGCGUUGUCUUCCUCGCUCGGCUCGAAUCUUUCUCGACGGUUGCUUCUUGCGUUACGAAUAUAAUCGGGACUUCUUUCACGAAUCCUUUUCGCCAACUUUCGACACCGUAAAUUGCAGCUCCAACAACGCAACAACAGUCGAUCAUGAUCGCAACAUCAGGAUGAUUUUGUUCGGUAGAAACGUCGAUCAUGCGGUCGGGAACGUAACGAGUAUCGCUUUGAGAAGAAAUGGAUUUGGAGUGGUGGGGAUGGACGGAGUGUACGCAUUGGCGCAGUGUUGGGAGAGUCUUACGCCGGAAGAGUGUCGGCAGUGCCUGCAGAAUGCGUCGGAGACGGUGAGAAGAUGCGUUCCCAACGAUGAAGGCAGAGCUUUGAAUGCAGGGUGUUAUUUGAGGUACUCCACAAGUAGAUUCUAUAAUGAAGGAGCAGAUUCUGAGGGCCAUCAUGGCUAUUCAAUCGGAGUCAUCAUCUCAAUCGUCUCGGCAUCGUCUGCAUUCGUAACACUUUCAGUUUCAGCAGCUUAUGCUAUAUAUGCAAGAUUAUCAAAGAGGAAAAGAGAGCUAAAGAAUCUCAGCCGAAUUUCGAAAAGGUUCGACCGCUCGGGUUUGAAGUUCAAGUACGAAACUCUCGAGAAAGCAACAGAUUAUUUCAGUCCUUCAAGGAAAUUAGGCCAAGGAGGAGCUGGUUCAGUGUUCAUGGGGAUUCUUCCUGAUGGAAGAACUGUAGCUGUAAAGAGAUUGAUAUAUAAUACCAGACAAUGGGUUGAUGACUUCUUUAAUGAAGUAAAUUUGAUCAGCAUAAUUCAACACAAGAAUCUGGUGAAGCUUCUUGGUGCAAGCAUUGAGGGCCCUGAAAGUCUCCUGGUCUAUGAAUAUGUACCCAACAAGAGCCUUGAUCAGUUCCUUUUUGAUGAGGAGAAGUCGAAACUUCUAAACUGGAAGCAGAGGUUUGAUAUCAUCUCCGGAACGGCCGAGGGUCUUGCUCAUCUUCACGGAGGAGGUUCUCACAUAAGGAUAAUCCACAGGGACAUUAAGUGCAGCAAUGUUCUUUUAGACGAGAAUCUCAAUCCGAAGAUCGCCGAUUUCGGUCUCGUUCGAUGUAUAGGUACCGAAAAGAGUCAUCUUAGCACCGGGAUUGCUGGAACACUCGGAUACAUGGCACCGGAGUACCUCAUUCGAGGACAACUUUCCGAGAAAGCCGACGUUUAUAGCUUCGGUGUACUUGUUAUUGAGAUUGUAUGUGGUAAAAAGAACAGCAGCUUCACAAAGUCCCUUCUACAAACAGUUUGGACACUUUACAAAUCAAAUGCAAUGGAUGAAGCUGUUGACCCUUGCAUAAGAAAUGAAUGUCUGAAACAAGCCCCCGGUGUGCUUCAAAUUGGGCUAUUGUGCACACAAGCUUCGGUUCUCUUAAGACCAUCUAUGGCGGAAGUGGUUCAGAUGUUAACUGGUACAGAUUACGAGAUUCCGAUGCCGAACCAGCCGCCAUUCUUGAAUGCUAAUGUGCUUGGAACAGCAACUUCAUCAGGAUCAUACAGCACAGACAGUUUCAUAUCAAAUGCUUUGAGAAAAAUUCAGGGUUCGGGUACUUCCUUUUAAUCUGCCGGGAGUCGG